UAUUCAGAUUUCCUUUACCCCUCAAUACCCUUAACACGCAACGGCCGCUGAUGAGUUUGUGACAAGAAAACUCCACGCCACCGCCAUCCUCUUCCCUCCCUGCCAGCCUUCCCCAGCAUUCGAUAGUCAACUUAUGCCGGAGCAUGUAGUAUCAGGUGCGCGGGAACAGCGUAUCUUCAAAUCUCGCGCAAGUUCCAAAGUGGGCAACUGGUCGAGGUAUAAAAACAAGCGGUAGUGCACUCCUGCUGUUAUCUAUCACGGGAAGACCUCGCCGCUCCUGUGAGAACAUUCAGCUGCCCACCGGCACUUCCUCCUCCUCAUCCUCCUCAUCGCCCUUGACUGCAAAACAAAAUGCGUGAGUGCAUCUCCAUCCACGUGGGCCAGGCCGGCGUGCAGAUCGGCAACGCCUGCUGGGAGCUGUACUGCCUGGAGCACGGCAUCCAGCCUGAUGGACGCUUGGCGGAGAACGACGUGGCCGCCAACGACUCCUUCAGCACCUUCUUCUCAGAGACUGGGUCGGGAAAGCACGUGCCCCGGACAGUGUUCGUCGAUCUGGAGCCCUCAGUCGUUGACGAGGUGCGGACAGGUGUGUACCGCCAGCUGUUCCACCCCGAGCAGCUCAUCACGGGCAAGGAAGACGCCGCCAACAACUAUGCCCGCGGCCACUACACCAUCGGCAAGGAAGUGGUGGACCUGGUGCUGGACAGGAUCCGUAAGCUGCGUGAGUGUAUCUCCGUCCAUGUGGGCCAGGCUGGCGUGCAGAUGGGCAAUGCCUGCUGGGAGCUGUACUGCUUGGAGCAUGGCAUCCAGCCUGAUGGCCAGAUGCCAUCUGACAAGACCAUUGGGGUUGGCGAUGACUCCUUCAACACAUUCUUCAGUGAGACUGGCUCAGGGAAACAUGUUCCUAGAGCAGUGUUUGUUGAUCUGGAGCCCUCUGUUGUUGAUGAGGUGCGUACAGGUGUGUACAGACAGCUGUUCCAUCCCGAGCAGCUGAUCACUGGCAAGGAAGAUGCAGCAAACAACUAUGCCCGUGGCCACUACACCAUUGGCAAGGAGAUCGUGGACGUGGUGUUGGACAGGAUCCGUAAGCUGGCUGACCAGUGCACUGGCCUGCAGGGCUUCCUCAUCUUCCACUCAUUCGGCGGCGGCACUGGCUCAGGCUUCACUUCUCUGUUGAUGGAAAGACUCUCAGUUGAUUAUGGCAAGAAGAGCAAGUUGGAAUUCGCUAUUUAUCCUGCCCCUCAGGUUGCCACUGCUGUUGUUGAGCCUUACAACUCCAUCCUGACCACCCACACCACCCUCGAACACUCCGACUGUGCCUUCAUGGUUGACAAUGAAGCCAUCUAUGACAUCUGCCGCAGGAACCUGGACAUUGAGCGCCCAUCCUACACCAACCUCAACAGGCUCAUUGGCCAGAUUGUCUCUUCCAUUACUGCCUCUCUUAGAUUUGAUGGUGCCCUCAAUGUAGAUCUGACUGAAUUCCAGACAAACUUGGUUCCCUAUCCUAGGAUCCACUUCCCCUUGGUCACCUAUGCACCAGUAAUUUCUUCUGAGAAGGCUUACCAUGAACAGCUGUCUGUAGCAGAAAUCACCAAUGCCUGCUUUGAACCUGCCAACCAGAUGGUAAAGUGUGACCCACGACAUGGCAAAUACAUGGCCUGCUGCCUUUUGUUCCGUGGUGAUGUGGUGCCCAAGGAUGUCAAUGCAGCCAUUGCCUCGAUCAAGACCAAGAGGUCCAUCCAGUUCGUGGACUGGUGUCCCACUGGGUUCAAGGUGGGCAUCAACUACCAGCCACCCACUGUGGUACCUGGUGGUGACCUGGCUAAGGUGUCUCGUGCUGUGUGCAUGCUGUCCAACACCACUGCCAUCGCUGAGGCCUGGGCACGCCUUGACCACAAGUUUGAUCUGAUGUAUGCCAAGCGUGCCUUCGUGCACUGGUAUGUUGGUGAGGGUAUGGAGGAGGGCGAGUUCACAGAGGCUCGUGAGGAUCUCGCUGCCCUGGAGAAGGACUACGAAGAGGUGGGCAUGGACUCUGCUGACGGUGAGGACAUCGAAGGAGACGAGUACUAAGUGCUCACCUGUGCCGGCAGGCAUUACAAACUCUUCUGGAGAUAAACAUUCCUGUCAUUUAAAUGAACAAAAUUCCAUAUUUUGGUACACGUUCCAAAAAUAAAUGCCUAGCUCAAAAUUAAA